GGCCUGGCCAGUCUGUGUUCUCUGCAAUCAUUUUAGCUGGAAUCAGUGCUGCGAAAGGUCAUAUGAAGGAGUUGUGGGAAGCACAGCAGGUAUUAGACGCUAAACGACUGGUUUUCUGAUUGCCUCAGAUAAUAAGACAGAGUUUUGUCUGGGAAAUACAAAUCUGAGAAUGGAGUGGAAAGGGAAAUGCUCCAAAUUUCAGAUAUCCACAUUUCUAGAAAGCAGAAAUGACCAUGACUGCCAACAAGAAUGCCAGUGUCAACAGCAGAGCUGGAGGGAGUAAAGUGCCUCAGGACACUCUGGAUAGGUGUCAGUCAGUCUCUCCACCGCCUCUUUUGUCCCCACGAAGAAGCCCAGCCUACCCCCUCAGCGAUAGUGAGGACUCUUGCCGCUCUGCUCGACUCACCAAAGUCUCCAGCUCCAGACUGCGCCUCAAGGACUGGAGCAGCCGCACGUCUACGCUGCAAAGCACCUCCACGAGCCCAUCGGACACCGACUCCCCGAGCCACCCUCUAAAAGCCAUUAGCGUGGGUGCUUUGGAUAAAAGGCUGUCUGUAUUCAAGGCUGAGGACCAAAAAGAGAGACCGAAGGAGGCUCAAGAUGGGGACACGAUAGGGAGCCAUCCACUCGCCCGGAGCACUUUGUCCUUGGGCACUGCCACCAACUUGAGGAACCUCUCCCUCAGCCGGGCGAGUGUCCGCUCCCAGGCGCUGGACAUCAGGCAGAAGAUCACAGAAUGGGAGUGCCGCCGGGAGCCCUCCCCCAGGAUGAGCGUGUGUGUGGACAAGAGGGAUGCUGGGGAGAGGUCGGGCAGUGAGAGCUGCCCCAGCGUGCUGACCUCUCCCUGCAGCGAGAAGACGUUCGAUUUCAAAGGGCUCAGAAGAAUGAGCCGAACGUUUUCCGAGUGCUCUUACCCGGAAACGGAGGAGGAGGAACUGCAGGACAGGGAUUCCUGCCAUCGGUUCGAAAAGAGACCGGGCAGGAGCGAGCCUCCUUCUGCUGCAUUCUUCAAGGGCCAUGUCAGGAAAGAGUCCUCUGCUGUGCUCAACAGAAUACAGAAGAUCGAGCAGGCACUGAAAGAGCAGCCCGGCAGAGGCCUCCCCCAGUUGCCAAGUAGCUGUUACAGUGUUGACAAAGGGAGAAAAAAGUCUGUGACUCUGAGUACUGUGGAGGGACUGAGUGAAACCCUAAGUGAUAGCAAAGGAGGGAGUAUUUUGGGGAGUGAACCCGAAACACCUACUGAGGCUGAGAAAAGCAGUAAGACAAAACAGGGGGUUACUGCAAACUUGGCUGACCCUAAACUGCUGCUCGAAAGCCCAGCUAACACCGCGGUGAAUCCUGUCCCCAAGCCCAAACGCACCUUUGAAUAUGAAGCAGACAAAAACCACAAAAGUAAACCAAGCAAUGGCCUACCUCCAUCUCCUACACCUGCUGCUCCUCCUCCCCUCCCAUCCACCCCUGCACCCCCUGUGACCAGAAGGCAGAAGAAAGACUCGCGCUUUCACAGAAAAUCCCAGAAUAGAAAAUCGUUUGAGUUUGAGGAUGCAUCAAGUCUGCAAUCCCUGUACCCUCCUUCCCCAACUGAAAAUGGGACUGAGAGCCAGCAUAAAUUUGGAUCCAAGAGCACUUUAGAAGAAAAUGCCUAUGAAGACAUUGUAGGCGAGUCACCCAAGGAAAACCCGUACGAGGAUGUGGAGCUGAAAGGCCGUCACGCGGGCCGAAAAUCCCAUCAGCUCUCCGAGAAUUCCCUAGAUUCUUUGCACAGGAUGUGGACGCCGCAGGACAGGAAAUACACAUCACCUUCCCAGCUACCUUCGAAGCCCAGCAGCCAGUCUCUGCGCAUCGGGAACUGGUCAGAAAGGAAGAGCCACCGCUUGCCACGGCUGCCCAAGCGGCACAGCCAUGACGACAUGCUGCUGCUGGCUCAGCUUGGCAUUCCCUCCUCCCCUUCCAGCCUCAAUGAGGACAGCCUGAGCACCACAAGUGAGCUGCUGUCUACACGGCGGGCCAGGAGGAUCCCAAAGCUUGUACAAAGAAUCAAUUCCAUCUACAGUGCAAAAAGAGGAAAAAAACGACUGAAGAAACUUUCUAUGUCCAAUAUUGAGACAGCAUCCCUACGAGAUGAGAACAGCGAGAGUGAGAGUGACUCAGAUGACAGGUUUAAAGCUCAUACCCAGCGCCUAGUACACAUCCAGUCGAUGUUGAAGAGGGCUCCAAGUUAUCGAACCCUGGAACUGGAGCUGAUUGAAUGGCAGGAACGGGAGUUAUUCGAGUAUUUUGUGGUAGUGUCACUGAAAAAGAAGCCCUCUAAAAAUACUUACCUCCCAGAAGUGACAUAUCAGUUUCCCAAGCUAGAAAGACCAACCAAGCAAAUGCGUGAAGCGGAGGAGCGUCUCAAGGCUAUCCCCCAGUUCUGCUUUCCUGAUGCCAAGGACUGGCUCCCUGUCUCUGAAUACAACAGUGAGACUUUCUCUUUCAUGCUGACUGGGGAAGAUGGGAGCCGGCGGUUUGGUUAUUGCAGGAGACUGUUGCCAAGUGGAAAAGGCCCACGCCUACCUGAAGUUUAUUGUGUCAUCAGCCGACUGGGGUGUUUUGACUUAUUUUCCAAGAUCCUGGAUGAGGUUGAAAGGAGAAGGGGAAUAUCUGCUGCCUUGGUUUAUCCAUUUAUGAGGAGUCUGAUGGAAUCUCCUUUUCCUGCACCUGGAAAGACAAUUAAAGUCAAAACCUUUCUGCCUGGAGCUGGAAAUGAGGUCAUUGAGCUGCGGCGGCCCAUGGACUCGCGCCUGGAACACGUGGACUUUGAGUGCCUUUUCAAGUGCCUCAGCGUUCGUCAGAUCAUCAGGAUCUUUGCUUCUCUCCUGUUGGAGCGGCGUGUGAUCUUUGUAGCAGAUAAGCUCAGCACCCUCUCGAGCUGCUCGCACGCCGUGGUGGCCCUACUGUACCCCUUCUCCUGGCAGCACACCUUCAUUCCUGUUCUGCCCUCAUCCAUGAUUGACAUCGUGUGCUGUCCGACCCCCUUCCUGGUGGGGCUGCUCUCCAGCUCUCUACCCAAACUGAAGGAGCUGCCCGUAGAGGAGGCUUUGAUGGUUAACCUGGGAUCUGAUCGAUUCAUCAGACAGAUGGAUGAUGAAGACACACUAUUACCUAGAAAAUUGCAAGCUGCUCUGGAGCAGGCUCUAGAGAGAAAGAAUGAACUUAUAAAUCAGGAUUCAGAUAGUGAUUCCGAUGACGAAUGUAACACCCUGAAUGGAUUAGUGUCUGAGGUUUUUAUCCGAUUCUUUGUGGAGACAGUUGGCCAUUAUUCCCUGUUCCUAACCCAGAAUGAAAAAGGAGAGCGUGCCUUCCAAAGGGAGGCCUUCCGUAAAUCUGUGGCCUCCAAGAGUAUCCGCCGCUUCUUGGAAGUUUUUAUGGAAUCUCAAAUGUUUGCUGGCUUCAUCCAGGACAGAGAGCUGAGAAAAUGCAGGGCAAAAGGUCUCUUCGAGCAGAGAGUUGAACAGUAUUUGGAGGAGCUUCCAGACACGGAACAAAGUGGAGUGAACAAGUUUCUGCGAGGCCUUGGAAACAAAAUGAAGUUCCUUCACAAGAAGAACUAACGCCUUUCUGCGGAAACACCAACCCAAAGACUUUUUAUGAUGCUGCACAUGAGACACCUGCAGCGUUUCAGAGUUUGGGAGGAGAGUGGAGCAAGCUGACCACAGCUUUAAGUGACAACUGAUGCUGUUAGACCGUGUGCCAGAUGAUGGCUCCUUUAUGUAUUUGGGUAGAAUUUGUACAUAAUGUGCUGUAAGCUUUUGUAACUGAUUUUGUAAUAAGCAAGGAAAACUGUGGUAAAUAUUUGUAUAUUCCUGAGAAUAACAGGUGCUUUUUUUUCUUAGUAUGAAUUGAGUUAUGCUUGGUGCAAAACUGAAUAGCUGAUUAUGUGCAGCUGACUGUCUCAGCAGAACCACUGACUUCACGGGAUGUUUGUGAGAGCUACACUGAUGCCUGGAUACUGCGGGGUGAAUGGACUUGGGUACGUGGGAGAGGUUGUACGCACAGGGGCUGCUUUCAUGUGGCGGAGUUGGCAUUUUUUUAUUCCUUCUAAUUAAUUUUAAAAGAAAUAACAAAGUAACUCGAUAAUAAGGUACUUGGUUCACAAUACAAAACUUCCACUUGGUUUGAACUCUGGUCAGUAAACUACUUGUAAUCCAUUCUGCAUUAAGACUGCUAAACCUGAGGAGAUCUCAGUUCUUUGACAUGCAAGCUGCAAUGAGUAGGUACAGUACAUCCUUUCCUAGUGUAUGUAUGUAUGGUUUCUAAUAAACUCUGUAAAUAUACCUGUUUGUUUAUAUUCAUUGAAAACCUCUGCAGUUUCUGAUGUUGAGUAGGUACAAACCCAGUAACUUUCCUGUGAUUUUUUAAAAUGAAUUUGUAAUUAAAAUAUAAAAUAGUUGUAUAAACCUGUCUUUCAGUAGGUUUGCUAUUUAAUGACAGUUUGAUUUUUCUUCAGUGUUUUUCACUAGGGCUGAGACAAGACAUUUCAUAUCCCUGUUCUGUUAAUUUUUUUCUAACAGAAGCAUCUCUUAAAACAUUUUUUUUCUUGGCAUGGGUUAGCAGCAAAUUACUUUUUGUCAUUGUAUCACAGAUACUGCUUCUGAUCUGUGGUAUUUUCAGGUUGUUUUUGUGCUACCUUGGUAGAUGAUAAGAGCAGAAUACGAGCCGCUUGUAGCGGACAGCCUUAUUUCUGAUGAGCUGAUCACCUAUGUUUCAUGAGAGUCUGCUUCGCUUUUGCAUUAACUUCAGUCUGCUUAGGUGGUGUUUCUAUUUCAGUGAAGGCUUUUCAGCAGGACAGGAAUGGUUAGAUUGCCAUGGCCUCUGCACAGCUGUGAACGUUGCCCAAGUACCACAUUCAUAUUUGAUGUGGUAACAUAACUCCUGUUGAGAUUCUGUAAGUUUUCCCUUAGCCUGAAGAAGAAAAUACAAAAUACUUGAAUAUGUUUGCAAGUCUGACAGCUAAUGAAAAUUAGCUAAAGCUUCUUACCUUUAAAAAAAAAAAACCCCACAACAAAAAACCAAAACAAAACUGUAUUUUUCUUCAUUUGAAGCAUGACUUCUUUAGUUAUAUCGGCUUUGAGGCUUGCGCAGUUCCUAACCUGACAGUGGUUCUGGUUUGCUAUCAGCCUCAUAGAACAAAAAUCGAGGGAUUAUUCACAAAAAAGGUGAAGUCGUUUCCUUUUUUUCUUGCCUCCCUCACACUCGUGUAUAUACAAAAGCUUCUUAAAUGUACGUGAAAUGUCUGUAUCAAACGCUUUUGAUUCAGGAUUCAGUGGAACUGUAAGCACAAACAAUUUCCAUUACUUUUACACCAUAAUAUGCUGUAAGGUCCAGAAUGACUUUGAGAUGUAGUUCUUCCGCGUGGAAGGAGUAACUUCACUUGUAUAGGUGGAGUGUGGCCAUUUUAUAAUAAAACAACUGCUGCUAGUAACUAUAUGGGAAAAUACAUACUCUUCUUAAGAAAAUUAUGAAUAAAACAUCAGCUGAAAAGUGCUGUAGCGUUGCUACAAAGGUAAGAAAAAGCCACGGAAUGCUGAAGAAUCUGGGGCAGUAAAACCCAUCUCCCACACCAAAGCUGUCUUCCUUCAUCUGCACUUUACAAGAAAGCUUUUAAACAUACUACCUAUCAACAUGUCCAGUUUUUGUAAUGUCAGUCAGAGGAGAGUACUGGACAAGGUUCUGGAUCCUCGAACUAUGGCUAUACAAAACAAUCCCAGUGUUACUCAGAGGGCAGCCUUUGAAAGGAUCCAAAGAAUGAAAAAUAGAAAGUGUAUUAUUGUCCUUGCAUAGUCAUUGUUAAAACUAGUAGUGUUCCCAAGCAUGGAACAUUACUAGUGCACCAUUUAACUGAGAAGAAAAUGCCAAAGUAAAAGAAAUCCAGUACUGAGUGCCAUGUUUUCGAUCAGUGAAUAUUUUUUUAAAGUCUUCUGGUAUAAAACACAUAGAAAACAAGUCUGAGAAGCAGUUAACACUCUCCAGGAAUUGGUACUCUAGUGUGGCAGACAGUUGUAAGUACAUAGUAUUUAUUUUCCCAUUGUUGUUGGUGUUUAAUAAAGUGA